AUGGUAAUUAUUACUUCAAAUGAAGAUCUUAUUCAUCAAAUAUGUUUGAAUAAAACAGAAAACACUCGUAUCAUUGAUUUGAAUGAAAGCAAUUCAACUAGUUCUUCAAUAUCUAAUAAUAACAAUGGUUUACUUGAUCUCACUUUUCUUGCUGAAUUUUCUGAACUUAAUGCAACAAAUGAUCAAAUAUACAAAGGAGUUCUCGAUUCUCGUCAAUAUAGUCGAUCAAAAGUAUUAAAAAGGUCGAAAAAAGAAAGCAAUCUUAUUUGUGUUAUUUGUGAAGAUGAUGCUAUUGGCUUCAAUUACGAUGUUCUUACAUGUGCAUCAUGUAAAGCAUUUUUUCGUCGAAAUGCUCAACAUAAUUUGGAAAAAAUUCGUUGUCGAACAGGACAAAAUAGAUGUCCAAUAUCUCAUAAUAAUUAUCGUAAAUGUCAACGAUGUCGAUUAGAAAAAUGUUUUGCUAUGGGUAUGAGAAAAGACUUUAUAUUGAGUGAAGAAGAAAAACAAAAACGACGCGAACGUCUUGAAGGGAAUCGACAAUUGGUAAAUGAACGUCAAUCCUCUACAGAAUCGAUUUCUUCAUCAACAAAUCAAUAUAUUUCAGAAUCACUUUCUGAAAUCGAUCGUCUUUUAAUGGAUACAGACGACGACAAUCCUGUUAAUGAUGAUAAAACCGAUUUAGAUGAAAAACAAAAUAUAUCAUAUGAGAGUAUAUCAAUGAAAGAUUGGUCGGACAUUGAAAGUAUUAGAACAAGUUAUUUAUCAAUAUUUCAAAAUCAAAAUUUGUUAUGUCGUUCAUUUGAUACAUCUGAUCGUAAUUCAGCUUUAAUAUCUUGGUCACAGUUUGCAAGUCAAACUGCUUUGCAAUUAAUUCAUUUUUUUCAACAAAUUGACGAAUUUGAAAGUCUAAAUAUUGAUGAUCGAUUUACAUUGACAAAAUAUAAUCUUCUUCCUCUAUAUAUGAUACAAAAAUGUUUUAAUUAUAAUCCAUUAACAGGAACAUUUAUCAAUAGAAGAAAUGAAGAUGUUUUAAAACGUCGUCAAUUUUUUGCAUUAUGCUAUGGAACAGGUGGUAUUCGUGAGAAAUUUAUGAAUAUGAUUCGUUCUUUGUCAAAAGUAACUGAACAAGAUUCAGUUCUACUAAAUCUUCUUCUUGUAAUAUUAUUAUUUUCGAAAGGUUUAUCAAUGAGUGAAAAUGAACCUGCUUUGAAUGAUGAAAUUGCUGUUAAUCGAGCUCAAUCUCAUUAUAUAAAAUUGACUUGGAAUUAUUUAGUAUAUAAAUUAGGUGAAAAGAAUACUUCAAAAAAAUUUAUACAAAUAUUAACUGAAAUUGAAAGACUUCAAUCAUUUACAAAAUAUUUUCGUGAAUUUUUUCUUACACAAACCAAAUCAAAAGAUACAUUAGAACGUUUUGCACCACUUAUACAAGCUGUUUUGAAUAUUAACUAA